ACUUCUAAUACUAACCCAACACCAUGUACACGUUAGAUAAGUUCAAGAAGUUUGUGUCGUUCUUGUUGGAAUAUGAUACCAGCUUAGUAUUGUCUCCUAUUAAUGGAGAGUUAUGGGUUGUCAAAGCUUUGUUUGUUGAGCAUUAUCGGGACGAGAAAACGACGAUCCCUUAUUUGGAGACCAUGAGUGAUUUUCUUGACUUUCUUCAACAAUUCAAUGGCAUCAGUGGGAAUCUGUUGAAAUUCAGUCAUGAUCUUCAUAAUUUUGAUUUUCAAUUACCAAAUCUUAAUUUUCCCAAAUUGGUCUGGAUUAACAUUGGUGGUUUGUUAUUGUUACAACACAGAUUUGAAGGCGGAUCACCAUUCCCUAAACUUUCUACAAACAAACCAAAACAAGACUUGUUUGAGCUACUUGAGAGGCCAAAAAUUAAUAUGAAACAGUUAUACUCGCAUGAAAUCCUACUUGAACGCAAUUUUGGCAUUCAACCAGGCUUAUUAGACGCACUUAUUAGAAGACCAACUGCUAGAACGGUAUUAAGUAAACAACGAGCCCAGGUAAAGACCAAGAAAAUCCCAUUUUUUACAGUAUGUAAUGAUUCCAAUCAUAAUCACAUUUUGGCUUCUGUUGGUUUAAACAAGAAGGAGUAUGGUCAGUACGGUGAUAAUUCUUUUGACAAGCAAACUAUUCCCGAGUCUAUUGUUCAUCAACGCAUCGCCAAUUCCAAGGGCAUGCUUUCAGAAGAGAUUUACAAGUGUUCAUUUGAAAAGAUCCACUUUUUACCUAUCAUUAACAAUCACACAGAUUUGAAUUUGGGUGAUUGUUCUUAUUUAGAUACUUGUCACAAAAUGAAAACUUGUCGCUACUUACACUAUUUCACACUCAACCCAAACAGUAAACCCAAAGGUGGGAGCGAGCCAGAAGAAUAUUCAGAAUACACCAUAGGUGACUGUUUCUCUGAAUCCUUCCGAGAAAUCCUUGCACCUCAAUGGAUAAACUGUGACAUUAGAUACUUGCCCUUUUCAAUCCUUGGAAAAUUCGCAGCCAUAAUUUCCGACCCUGCAUGGGACAUCCACAUGUCGUUGCCCUAUGGAACUUGUAAAGACGACGAAUUGUUAUCAUUACCCAUGUCAGAAUUGCAAGAUGAGGGUAUCAUUAUGCUUUGGGUUACAGGUCGGUCGAUUGAGAUUGGACGCCGGGCGCUUUUGAAAUGGGGAUACCGCAUUAGUGAUGAGAUGAUAUGGGUGAAACUUAACCAGUUAAAGCGGACUAUUGUCACUGGUAGGACAGGUCAUUGGUUAAACCAUUCCAAGGAGCAUUUGCUCGUUGGAUUAAAGGGGAACCCAAUCUGGCUUAACCGGAAAAUCGAUACUGAUGUCGUGGUAAGCGGAACCAGAGAAACUCUGAGAAAACCAGAUGAGUUCUACGAUAUCGUGGAAAGAUUAGUCGGAGUUCAUUCCAGAAAACUUGAAAUAUUUGGCAGAGAUCAUAAUACCAGACCUGGUUGGCUAACUAUUGGUAAUCAAUUACAAGGGGUUUCAUUAUGUGAACCAGAAGUGAAACGGAAAUAUGAAUCAUACAUCCAAAGUACAAACAAAAGUAACUAAACAUAAAUAGAAUAGGCAAAAAUAGAUUGCAUCUACUUUGACUUCUUUUCCUUUGCAGCAGCGCUCUCCUUUUUAAAUUUUGCAAUAUUCACACUAGCCUUGGCAUCCAUUGACUUCUUCAAAUCGCUUCUGAAUCCCAAGAAGAAUGCAAUUUCAAACACAACAAAGAAUGGCGCCAACACCAAUGCCUGCAAAAGGUUGUCCAACAACGCAGGGGCCCUUUUUUCAUGCACUCCAUGACCGUAGAACUGAGCCAACCAUGCAGCAACAUGCGCGGCAAUAGCAUACUUGACAAAGUCACCAGGGGUAACCGGAGUGGUGCUCGAUAAUGACAAAUAGUGUCCUUUAAUCAAAUGGGCAUAUGUAACCAACAAUCCAAACGAGGGAAGCCCAAGUUUCAAGUCCAAAAGGGUAUAAAAGAUUCCAUACCCCCAGGCCAAGGCAGAUCCCAAGUUGAUAUAUGGGUGGGCUGACCCGAGGAUGUUUUGGGGCACGAGGAAUGUGAUUGCUGAAAGGAGAAUUAUGGGGAUGCACACCAAGUGGAUGGCGACAUUGACGUUGUUGUAGUGGUACGAUCUGUAGAAUACCAAAUGUUGCUCGAUAUCAAACAAGUUAGCCAUGGUUGGAUGUAACAAACUAGCUCAAUUGGAAAAGGGAAAAGGAAAAGAAAGGAUAAGGUUCGGGGUUAUAAAUACUGAGGGGCGGU